GGCUUCCGGCGGAAGCGCGCGGAACAAGAUGGCCACUACCAAGCGGGUGCUGUACGUAGGUGGGCUGGCAGAGGAGGUGGACGACAAAGUUCUUCAUGCUGCCUUUAUUCCUUUUGGAGACAUCACAGAUAUUCAGAUUCCUCUGGACUAUGAAACAGAAAAGCACCGAGGAUUUGCCUUUGUUGAAUUUGAGUUGGCAGAGGAUGCUGCAGCAGCUAUCGACAACAUGGCUGUUUGGCUUACCUGGAAUUCACCUGGUGAUCCUCCUACUUCAGCCUCCAGAGUACUGGGAUUAAAGAAUGAGUCUGAGCUCUUUGGACGGACAAUUCGUGUCAAUUUGGCCAAACCAAUGAGAAUUAAGGAAGGCUCUUCCAGGCCAGUUUGGUCAGAUGAUGACUGGUUGAAGAAGUUUUCUGGGAAGACUCUUGAGGAGAAUAAAGAAGAAGAGGGGUCCGAGCCUCCCAAAGCAGAAGCCCAAGAGGGAGAGCCCACUGCAAAAAAAGCCCGGUCAAAUCCUCAGGUGUACAUGGACAUCAAGAUUGGGAACAAGCCGGCUGGCCGCAUCCAAAUGCUUCUACGUUCUGAUGUUGUGCCCAUGACAGCAGAGAAUUUCCGUUGCCUGUGCACCCAUGAGAAAGGCUUUGGCUUCAAGGGAAGCAGCUUCCACCGCAUCAUCCCCCAGUUCAUGUGCCAGGGUGGUGACUUCACAAACCACAACGGCACUGGGGGCAAGUCCAUCUAUGGGAAGAAGUUCGAUGAUGAAAACUUUAUCCUCAAACACACAGGACCAGGCCUCCUCUCCAUGGCCAACUCUGGCCCAAAUACGAAUGGCUCCCAGUUUUUCCUAACGUGUGACAAGACAGACUGGCUGGAUGGCAAGCAUGUGGUGUUUGGGGAGAUCACUGAAGGCCUGGAUGUUUUGCGGCAGAUUGAGGCCCAGGGCAGCAAAGACGGGAAGCCACAGCAGAAGGUGAUCAUCUCUGACUGUGGAGAGUACAUGUGAGAGCACGCUUUGCUCCCCUCGGCUCUUGCCUCGACGGGUCAAGGAAGGAGCUGCCAGCAUCCAGGGUUCUGGCCCUGUGGGUGCCCUGUGAAGCCACAUGGCCUGAGCCCUUCCUUGGGAGCAGCUCCUUGACAGCGUGGCCUGACCUGCCAUCUUCUGGACUCUUUCGCAGGCACGGCCGGGGCCUGGGAGCCAGCACAGGUGCGGCCCUGCGCCCUCAGGCAGCUGUGCCUGCGCCGCUCUCCCACGUGUGUGCCGCCAGGGCCUGUUCCAGGCCUUCUGAGGCAACUGGAUGGCUUCUUUGCUAAAAUAAACUCUGGUUUUUGUACUGUG